AUGCGUUUCUUUUUGCUGGCCUUCGCCUUCCUGCAAACAUGUCAGGCUUUCACAUCGCCUGAUAUAUACUCCGUUACACAGCCCGCGGGAUCCAGUCCGGAUCCAGGAGUGGAUAGCCAGCCUGCCACCGUCCCAAGUGCAUCGAGACAUGCCAGCGGACCAGCCUCCGGCUUGAACAUCUUCCUACCUGAUUAUACCCAAGACCCUAACUGGCUCCCGUUGGUCAACUCCCUCAAGACGGUUGGUAUACCAGUCAAGGUUACCCAGAGCCUCAAUUUCUCCUCCCAGUGCAGAACUUUGCUAGUCUACACCUCUCAUGAUGUGACCUACUCGCCGAGCACGGCAGAUGUCGCCACUCUCACGUCCUUUGUAAGCAACGGCGGCAAACUCAUCUUUAUGAGUCAGAUCCCUACGGCUCUGUGGGCACUUGCUGGUGUAUCUGCGGCAACGGUGAACACAGCAGGCACGAGGUCCGUCAUGCACUUGGCCAACACGGAGACCACCGUACAGGCUCUGAAAGGUUUCAACUUUACAGACUAUUACGACAUCAGUAUGCCCUUUUAUGAGAACUAUACACAGACAGGCCUCAAAAAUGUCGGCUAUACGCCGGUAACGGGUGCGCAGACUUUGGCGAAAUAUCUCACUCGAAGCAGCGUGAACAACGCCUGGGUUGAUACCGAAGACACGUCUGCUACGAGCGCUGCUCUUGUCAAGUAUCAGCCUUCGGGUGCGAGCGGGCAUGUGUACAGUUUCGGAGUGGACCUUGGAUACCUCUAUAUCUCGGUCCAAAACGAAGGGGGUAACUAUGCGCAGUACUAUGAUGGGCAAUAUUACCCCGGCUACGAUAUCGGAACUCGGAUCGUAAAGAACAUUUUAUCUUCCAGCGACCACUUCGUGAGCUUGUGGAGCGUCCCUAACAAUAUGGGUCUCGCGUUCACCACGACGUGGGAUAUUGAUACCUACGUUUCGUAUCCGCACGGACAAGGUAUUGCGGCUGCAGCUCAGGAUAGAGGCGCUGCGGGAAAUCUCAACCUCCAUGUCAAAUACAUCUCAGAUACCUACGAGAACGCGUAUUUCCAGUACGGCGUCCCUUAUAUCUAUCAGAUCUCUGGCUUCCGAACGGCGCCCGACGGCUACCCGUACAUAGAUUUCGGCAGCCACACCGUCAGCCACUCACCUAAUGCCGUUCAAUUUCCCUAUGGAACCCUUUCCGAGCAGUUUGUUAUGGGAUCAACCUCAGGCUAUGCGCCCGUGAUUCACCAGUGCGGGACAGGCAAUUCGGACUCGGCACCCGAUAACGGGGAGACCUGUACGCAAGGAGGAACCAGUGGGCUCUCAUUCUGGACCUCUGCCGCGUCUGCCUCUGGUGAAGUUCGUGUGAGCGCGUUUCUGAUCCGUUAUCUUCUGAACGACGCGUUCAAGACGAACUACAACCUUACCACCUAUCGCCCUGGUAACCUUGCUUGGAACAAGUACCAGUCCUCUCUGUGCGUCGCCAACGGAAUCAUUGGUGGAUCUUCAUGCGCGGGCAACGAUCAUCUUACUCAUCUCCCAUUUCAAGUCGGGCACAACCGCGAGGCAUACCAAGAACUGCCCUACUACGAAUUUCCGCUUCAAUGGUCUGACGGCGAUGGAAAUAUGAGCAGCGCAGACUUUCCUGGCUCGGACUUCUCGAAGCAAGUGAUUGGUAUCAAGAAGAUGGCACGUUAUGGUGGUCACUACAACAUUUUGCUCCAUCCCUCGGAUGCGAUAUUUGACAAAAUUCAAAUCCAGCGCGCCCUUCACGACGCUGUGCGCCCGUUUGCAGUCUUCUUCAACCAAACCGGAAUUGCGAACUGGUGGACCAACCGAGACAGAGCAUUCGUGGACAUCACUGCGACUAGUGACUCGUCAGUCAGCAUGACAGUGCGUCUUGACGGCCCAUCAGAAGGCCUGACCUUGAACGUACCAAAAAGCUACGUCUUUCAAUCCACGACAGGGUCUCUCUCCGUCUGCCAGCAGCCCUCCUACGAUACAUUCACCAACGCCGUCGUCCUGCGCAACACAGCGCAGGGAACGUACACCCUUACUUUCUCCAUCAGUACGGACCAAUCCACAGCGUCCACCUGUCCAGACUUCACUGUACAGCCGGCUACUGAAUGCGUAGCGUGGGAUGCCGCAAUUGAUGACUUCCUGGAGCCUUACUUCUACGCCAAAGGCGUUAAUCUCCUUCUCUUGGAGAAUAUUGCAACCGAUCUGACGUCUAAUAUCGUGAGCGGCACGCUCCAGCUCAGUGCGAAUACCAAUUCUGGAGUCAACAGCUACUAUACCGAAAUCUCACGCUUCUGCUUUGAUGCCUCGAUCUACACACAUAUGUUCUUCGAUAUGGUCGCUCCAGUUGGAAGCAGCUUCUUCGUCCAGCUGGUCUCGUAUGACUCCGGAUGUAACACAGAGCAGGAAAGUGCAACUUACUUGGACGUCAGUAGUUACGCCAACUUCGAUGGGACGAAUCACACGGUACAGAUCCAGUUGAGUGAUUUCGUCGGACAGGAUUUCCACAAUGUUCGAGGCAUGAAAAUCGUGAACAUUUCACCAGCUAGCACCCCAAUCUAUAUCGACAAUAUCAAGCUCCAGAAGCGAUGCACCACCGCGCCAGGAGAUGACUUCACGGACGGGCUUGCUAUCGAAUCUUUCCAGAACGUGGAUCGAUGGAUCACCGGCAUCAACAACAUUUUUGGCAAAACCGACCACGACAACUCCAUGGCUUCCGCCAAGCUCUCGGAGCUGGGUAAGAUGCAGCUGGUCCCAUCAAGCGCGAACUCGUAUUUCUACUCGAGUACUGUCGUGAAUGGAGGCAACCUAAACGCUACGGCUUACGACUCAGUCUCUCUCAGUGUGCGCGGCCCCUCUGGUGGCUCGUUUGACGUAGUUGUGACCUCUGGCUCUGGAAAUAGCAACUCCACUGUCAAUACAGGUACCGUCGCCACUUUCAGCUCCUCCGAGUAUGUGAACGUCACAAUUCCCUUGUCGGCGUUCUCUGGACUCGAUUCCGAUUCCGUCAGUCUCAUCACGCUGCGCAACUUUACGCCCAACGGUGGCUCUGCUGCCACGAACACAUUCACCGUGAGAUGGAUCUCCCUCCUGGGCGGGCCCAACGUGGUUGGCGUAGGGAAUCGUUGCCAGUCUGCCACCGGCUACGUUGUGCUAGAUUUCUGUAAUCCCAUGGAGUUCAAAACGCAGACCAAUGCCCUGGGCGCUCCUUUCUCAGAUGACAACACCAUGCAGUACUACAACCAGACUACCAAUGGAUAUAUCAAUAUUGUCCCCAAAGACUCCACGUCGUACUUUUACUCGCUAUUCAACACGACUGCCUGCGCGACUAUCGAUUCCACCAAUACCGGAAUUAUUCUCACUGUGUCUGGGCCACAGGGUGCCACUGCCGACAUUGGAUUCAAACACGGCGGUACCGGAUGCAAGUUGAACGCACGAAGUGACUUCAUCUCCAUUUCCUUCAACACUGCGCCGACACAGCUCGUUAUCCCCUUCUCCCGCUUCCCGACUCCGUUCAAUUCACAGUAUCUCCAGUCCUUCAUCAUGACCAACUUCAACACUCCCGGCUCCGCCUAUCGCAUUCACUCCCUGGUCUUCAUUGGAGCAGAUAGUGUCCCGGGCUGCGCGCUUUGCUCGGAUACAAUCGUCGAUACCUGCACGUUCAUUUCAACCGUCCCGCGGACUAACCUGCUAUCCGGUGAAGUCACCGACGAGGGAUCCCUCACCUCUUACUCUGUCGCUAGCGACGGUGGACUUUCCCUUGGAACCAACUCGGAUUCCUACUGGUACUCCAUAUUCGGUAACGCUGGCUGCUAUAACGCCACCAACGCAACAGGUAUCCAGCUCUCCGUCGCAGCUCCUGCAAACACCACUUUCCUAGUAGCCCUCCGCUGGAUGACCAACGCUGCGUGCACGACCGUCUCCUCUGCGUCCACGGUCCCCAUCACAACCUACGUCUCCUUCACUGGCAACGCUACAAACUCUCAAUACCAGCUCGCUCAGAUCCCUUUCACUGCAUUCUCGGGCGUCGACAUCGCCAGACUGAACAGCAUCGCCGUCUCUGGCUUCACCCCCUCAGGCGUUGCUAUUCGUAUUGGUUGUGUUAGUCUUGCUGCUUUCACUCCCACAGUCGACGACUCGGCUGCCUGUAACAGCUGCCCUAAUAGCGCAUGGCUCAACUACUGCGCCUCUGGCUCCGCGAGCAGAAAUGCCCAAGGCGGCGUACAGAGUGACGACGGCACUAUGAGGACUACCCCUACCAUUGGGAAUAGCGCGCUAGUUUUGCAGCCAGCGGCAAGCGAUUCUUACUGGUACUCACUCAUGAAUUGCAUGGAUGUCUCCUCGUACGACACCCUCUACAUCAACGUCACCGCCACCGCCGGCGCCUCGUUCAAGGUGAGGCUACAAAGUAGCAGUAAUGACUGCGCAGACGCGAGCCAAAUCCAAUCAGCCUCCGUUGAGAGUACAACCUACGGUUCCAUGACAGGCAGCUCCGUACUCCUUACUAUCCCGCUGUCGGCGUAUACCUCGCAGAACAGCGCAAUCAAGCUGAGCGCUCUGUAUGCUAUCGUCUUUGAAUCUUUCAGCUCUGGCACCUCGACUUGGAACUUCAAUUGCGCAUACUAUGGGAUUGGGGCUACAGUGGGUGUUAGUGUGAGUGCGAGGAGCAUAGAGAGCGAAGCCAGCGCCUCAAGCACCACCAGCACUGCCGCUGCAAAGAAGGUUCGGCAUGUUCACGGAGACUUUCACAAACGGAAUCAUGCGACUCUCAACGAACGGGCCGAGGAGACUAAGCCCGUGUGCCAAGUUCCUCACUAUGAAGCAGAGUAA